GUUUCUGUGGAGGGAUUUCUCUGCAGCUAGCUCGCUAGCUACACAGGAUUUGUUUAUCUAUAACAAACGUGUUCUUCACAAAAAAAAAGCUCAUUGUAAACUAGUCAGCUACGAGGGAAUAGAAACACCAGGGAAUAUCAAAAUGGACUUAGAAGACGACACAACGGUGUUAACAACCUUGAAGUCCUUCAAUACCUUCAUAAGUCGUCCUGAACAUCCGCAAAGGCUGUCAGACCGCUCAGCAGGGAGUGCAAUGCUGCAGAGUCAGUACAAACGCAGCAUGGAGCUCUUGGAGGCAGCAGAGAGGCAUCAAUCACAAAACCGCUUUCUGCAGUUGGACCAGGAAAAGAAACAGAUGGAACUGAGUCACAAACGAGCUCGUUUUGAGCUGGAGAAGGCAGCUUCUGACAGUGCACGAGACUUGGAGCAUGAAAUGGACCGUAAACAGGAACUUUUGGGGAGAAUCAAAAAGUUGGAGGAGAGAGAGAGAGAGGCAAUUAAAAACUUAUUAGAGCAGGCUGAAGCAAACACCACUCUUCGUAAGAACAUUGAGACUCAGAACAAGAAAUUGGAGGAGCAAAAUACUACACUAAACACAGCAAAUCAGACCAUCACUUCUUUGAAGGACGAGAUCAGAGAAUCAAAGCAGAAGAUUCAAGACCAAGACGCAACAAUUUCAAACCAAACCAUGGAAAACCAGGAACUACAGGAACAGCUUGAUCUGAAACGCAGGAAGUAUCAGGAACUUUCCCAACUUUGCCAAAGUCUCCAAGGUGCCCAAUCCUCUUGUUCAGAGCACAUAAUCAAGAUUAAGGAGUUGGAGAGGCGUCUUACCCUGCAGGAACAAGACAUUGCUAUUGCGAAAACUGUGAAGUCAGAUGUGGCCAGAGUUUCAGACCUGGAAAAGGAGCUUAAGCGCCUCAGAGAUGAUAAUGCUUUUCUCAGAGAGAGUAGAGAGAACUGCAGCCUGUUAAAAGAGGAGGUGGAAGGACUAAGGAGGAAGUUGGAGAGGAUGGAGAAGACGAAAGAAGAGCUGGUCAAUAUGGAACUUGAGAAAAAGGUGUUGGCUGAGAAGCUCCAAGCCUGGGAGAACCUUGGCCAGUCUACUGGACUCAACAUAAGGAAACCAGAAGAUCUAUCCAGGGAGGUGAUUCAGAUCCAGAAGAGAGAAAUUGCUCUGAAGGAGCUGAACUACACACUCAGCAGCGGCGCGAGGAGUGUGGAGCGCUCACAGUCUGAGCUUCGUGCAGAACUCAACAAGCAGUGCAGCAAGACUCUGGAGGAACAGAAAAAGAGAGAAGCACAAGAUGCUCUCGUCCGGCGACUACAGAAACGAGUACUACUGUUAACCAAGGAGCGUGAUGGAAUGCGUGCUAUACUUGAGUCUUAUGACAACGAGCUGGCUUCUACCGAGUACUCUCCUCAACUCAGCAAACGCCUCAAAGAGGCAGAAGAAGUACUGCAAAGGACACAGAAUCACAAUACAGAGAUGGAGGCCCAGCUAACAAAAGCACAAGAAGAGACAGGGGCACUCAAGUUGCAGUUGCAAACUGUGGAGCUGGAGCUAGAGACGCUAAAGAAGCAGCAGGCCUCUGAUGCUGACAGCAGCUCUUUAUUGACUAAAGAAGAGGUCAAUAUACUCAGACAAAAAAUUGAAGAUUUAGAGAAAGACCGACAGCGUUUGGAGGAGCAGAACAACAUUUUGGAAAUGAGACUGGAGAGACACAACCUGCAGGGAGACUAUGAUCCCGUUAAGACCCGUGUUCUCCACUUUAAAAUGAACCCUGCUACUGUUGCCAAGCAACAGCGCCAGCAGGAAACCGAGGCUCUUCAAGAGGAAGUGACACGUCUCAGGGAGCUUGUACGUUCCUUGCAGGAAGGAGGCGCAGGAUUGCACUCGCAAGAUGACUCCAGUAUGCACGCCUCAAACCUCAGCCUCAGUUUACCGCCAUCAAAGGAAGUGCUGGAUUUACGUAAGCAAAUGGAAAGCUCAGAGCUGAGGAACCAAAGGCUAAAGGAGGUGUUCCAGAAGAAAAUUCAAGAGUUUCGCACUGUCUGCUAUGUCCUGACUGGCUACCAGAUAGAUAUAACUACCGAGAACCAGUACAGGCUCACCUCGGUCUAUGCAGAGCAGAUGGAUGACUCCUUGCUUUUCAAAAAGGGCUCUAAUGGAAGCAUGCAACUCAUGGAAACCGAGUUCUCCAAAACUCUGGGGGAGAUGGUGGCUCUUCAUCUGCACCAUCAGAAGAGCAUUCCCGCCUUCCUCUCGGCUGUGACCCUUGACCUCUUCAGUCGACAAACCACCAUCUGAAGUGAUAUGACAUACUAAACACAACUGAAAUUAUGUGUUAAGUUAGCUUAAGUGUCAGUUAUGAAAAUGUAAUGGUGUUUCUUAAAACCUCAAAACAUGAACAGUGUAGCGAGUGCUACACGUGGAGGAUGAAAACCUGUAUAUAGUCUUUUUUGGUAGAAAGGUAUCAUGAAAAGGACAAUUCCACAGUUUAAUUGCAUUUGGAGCAUUAUUUUGAUAUUUGUUACAUGAAAUACAUUUGACCACCAAACAUUACACGCACUGUUAGGAACAGAAAAAAAUAUUUAGUUUGUUUUUGCAGGUUGAGGGUUUGUGCUAUUGAUGGGGUGUGUUUUCUUGGGGUGCAUUGGAGGGCAGGUGAGAAAGGAGCGAGGUCUCAAUGUUUUGUCAAAUAACAGAUGUGACAGGCAGAAAUCACUUACCCUACCUUUAAGACAAACAUACAUAGUCCCCAACACACCCGUCUUUGUCACGAAGUAAACCUGUCAGAUUCAGGACUGGAAGCUUUUAUGUCAUUCUUCCAAAGCUCAUAGUGAAAGUUAUUUAUCUUUUCUUAAUUAUAAAAAAAAUAGGGAAAAAACAAGUUAAACAGUCUCACAAAUAAUCAUGAAACUCUAUGUGGAGUCGUGAAGUAGUGAAAUAAACAGUUUAAAAGAAAAAGUCUGCUUAUUAAAGUCUCACUGUGAGUUUAGCACAGAAAAAGAAGUGAGUCGCCUGGGAUUGACAUGGAUUUUUCCACAUGUGGGAAUUCUUCUUUUAAAGUUGAGUUCUGCUCACAUGAAUCAGUCUGGCUUUUUGUAUUGUGGUGGAGAGAAAAAUGACUGCUUUGAGCAGCUCAUAAUUGGUCAUUGUAAGUGGGAUCACACCCCCACAGAUGUCUACCAUCGAUCAAACUAUUAUCUCUACCCGCUUAUUCCAAUGCAGGGUCACGGAUAUCUGCAUUAGACAUAAAUGUGACUUUAUACAACUGGUAUCCGCUCCACACAACCAAACAAGAUACCCCUUGUUUGGCAGACAGAAGAAAUGCAUCGAAGGAUAUAUUUUAGUUUAAGAUAAAUCUGUGUCGGUUUGCCCCUGUAUUUUUUUAAUUUUACUUUUUUUUUUUUUAAAACACAUAGUUUACUUUACAGGAACUGCUAUGUAUGAUAUGAACUUCACUAAGUGUACUACAUCACCAUGGUGGCAUUUACAGAUUUGAUGAGACUGAAAUGAUCUUUUAUAUUACAAAGAAUGCCUUGGGUUUGAACUACAUUU